AAGAAUCAAACCCGUCAGUUGUUGCCAUGGAUCGAUAAUAAAAACUUUUUAUUUUGAUUUAUUUUAUUGUAGUUUUAUGUUUGUUGCCCGGAAGCUGCGUUGUUUACAUUUUCCAAGAUGGCGGCUGGGAUGUACCUGGAGCAUUAUUUAGACAGUAUAGAAAACUUGCCCUUUGAAUUGCAGAGAAAUUUUAAUUUGAUGAGAGAUCUUGACCAGCGCACAGAAGAUCUUAAAUCACAGAUCGACUCAUUGGCAAAAGAAUACACCUCCAACGCCAGGACUCUUUCCUCUGAACAAAAACUUUCCAUUCUGCGACAAAUUCAACAAUCCUACAGUAAAUGCAAAGAGUUUGGAGAUGACAAAGUGCAACUGGCGAUGCAAACCUAUGAGAUGGUUGAUAAACACAUCAGGCGCCUGGACACAGAUCUCGCUCGAUUUGAGGCCGAUUUAAAAGAGAAGCAGAUCGAAAGCACAGAUUACGAUUCCACUUCAAGCAAAGGAAAGAAAGAAUCCCAAGUCGAAACCACUGCAAUAGAGCCAAAAAAUCGUAUAAAAACAAACAUCAAAAAACAAGGUGAUAUGAGACAGAAAGAGAAGAAAACUGCCAAAACGAGGUCCAAAGUGAAGAGUUCAGAUGAAGACGGCAGCCCGAAGAGCGCCCAGAAGAAAGUGAAGCUGCUCCAACCAGGAGAGUUCAACAGUCCCUCCUCCAACUUUGGAAACGUGCACCCGUCUGAUGUCCUGGACAUGCCUGUUGACCCCAAUGAGCCCACCUACUGCCUGUGCCACCAGGUGUCCUAUGGGGAGAUGAUCGGCUGUGACAACACAGACUGCUCCAUUGAGUGGUUCCAUUUCGCAUGUGUGGGUCUGACAACCAAACCAAGAGGCAAAUGGUAUUGCCCCCGGUGCUCUCAAGACAGAAAGAGAAAGUGAAAGUAUCUGGAUGUCCUGACACAUUGAUAAGAAACACAGCAACAAUAUUUCAUCAUUAAUGGUUAGAUUUGUUUUUGUUUUUUUCAUCCCUCAUUUUGGUGCUUCUCCUGGUUUACAUUUUUGGUCUAUAACAGUGUGUUUGAAGGAACUGCAUGGUGGCUACAUAUGUAUUUAUGAUUUUUAUAACCAUAGUUAGUUGUUUGAGUAAUCUUUUGGUGCUCUUAUUUUUUUUAACAGUUUGUUUAGUUAUUAAUUACACUACAACUGCCCUUGAUGAACUUUAAAACAAUACUGUAGAAUAUUAUCAACUUUUAUCAACCAUUGCAUUUGUACUAUUUUUAAUAUGGCUAGAUUUGUGUGCAUAACCUUGCUUUUUUAUUUUAUUGUAAGGUAGUGAAAAAGAUCAUGCACUGUCAUCACAGUAUUAGUGCAUUAUAGUUACACAAUUUCAUUUGAGCAUUUGACUGACUGAGUGCUGUAAUGCCAGACAAUAUUGAAAAGAAUUGUAACUUCUGUAGCUGACAUUGGUACAAAGGAGUUGGGUGAUUGUGUGGAUCAAUCAAUUAAAAUACAGCUACUACCUCAAA